CCAGCUGCGUACUGCACUCACAACGACUGCUGGGAGAGGCGCAAGUUCGCAAAGAGCCGCGGCAGCACCAGAAAUGCCGCCCAGAGGAGGCGGAGGAGUGGGCCCGGCGCAGCAGGCCGCUGGGGUGCCGCAGCAGGAGUCGCGGCAGCAGCAGCCGCAGGUCGCAGCCAAGGAGACCGCCGCCGCCAUCGUGUCACACGUCAUAGACACGCAGCAGGGCAGAGAUACCAUCGGCGUCGAGCAAGCGCCGGGGCCGAUGGCGGUGCCGGUCGCUGGGACCAAGCAGCCCGUCCCGCGGGUCCCUGACAGCGCUGGCGGUGGGCCGCCGGGCGGCGGCCGCCCUGCAGGGGAGGCGCUGUCAGUGUCAAGCACCGGGCUGGAGGGGGGCAAGGCGGUGCCGCCCCACUCCGCCGCCCUGGCCGCCGCGCCGCCCAGCCCCGACAUCCGCCGCGACCAGCCACCGCGCGCACCCCAGCACCAACACCAACACCAGCACCACCAGCAGCAGGUCGGCAAGGGCACGGGGCAGGCCGGCGGCGACGCCGGCUUUGACCAGCGGCAGCAACAGCAACAGCAGGAGCAGGGCGGGCAGCAGCACCUGCGGCCCCAGCAGGUGAUGGGCUCUGGUCCGGCCCUGGGGCGGGCGACCGACGCAGCAGGCAGCGGCGUGGCCGAUGCCGCAAAGCGCGGUGCGGAGACCGCGGGCCGUGCCGGGGCCGGCGCUGCUCAGCAGGGUCAGCGGGGCGUGGAGGGGGCGGCGGGGGCGGCCCGCCGGGGUGCUCAGGCCGCGACUGAAGGCGCCGGCGGUGCGGCGGAGGCGGCGGGCCGGGCGGCUGGAGGGGCGGCGGCGGGUGCACGCGGCGCCGCGGAGGCCGGGGGCCAGGUGGCGGGAAAGGCGGCGGAGGGCGCGGCAGCGGGCGCCCGUGGCGCGGCUGCGACGGCCGGCCAGGCGGCGGGUAGGGCUGCGGAGGGGGCGGCCGCAGGGGCGCGGGGCUCAGCCGAGGCGGCUGGCGAGGUGGGUGGCAGGGCCGCGGAGGGCGCUCGCGGCGUGACUGAGGCAGGCGGGAAGGCGGCCAGCAAGGCCGCGGAUAGCGCCGCGGCGGUCGCCAAGCAGGCGGCACGGGCUGGCGGCAAGGCUGCUGAGGGCGCGGCGGCAGUACCCGCCGAGGCGGCCCGCAUCGGCGGCGCGGCGGCCAAGCAGGGCGUUAGGGUUGGGGUGGAGGGAGCCAAGAGCGCCGUGGAGGGGGCGCAGGCAGUCACAGGCGCUGCGGUGCGCGGCACCGAGCAGGCGGCGAAGGCGGCUAGCGGCGCCGCCAAGUCCGGUAUCGAGGCGGUGGCGGCGGGCGCCAAGGGCGCGACCCGGGUCGCCGGCGCCGCCGCUGACACCGCCGUCAGCGCCGCCGAGCGCGGGGCUCGCGCUGCAAGCGAAGUGACUAAGACUGCCGCGGACGUAGGCUCACGUGCCGCCGACAAGGCAGCGGGCGUCGCGCGGGGCGCCCCGUCCGCCGCCGCCCGCGGCGCCCGCGGCGCCGCCACCGCAUCCCAGCGCGCCGCCAGCACCGCCGCCGCCGGCGCGCGGGCGGCGGCGCGCGGCGCGGGACAGGCCGCGUCUGCGGGCGCCGCUAUGAUGAGCGCUAGCCUGGAGGCGGCCAGUGACGCGGCCCGGGCGGCGCUGCACUGGUGGUACGUGCUGGCGGUGCAGCUGCCGUACAGGCUGCUGAGCGGCUGGCUUCAUGUGCUGUGGCUGGUCAGCAGCGCGGUGGGCGCGGCGGCGGCGCGUGGGGCGGUGUGGUCGCUGGACACGGCCGCCUGGGCUGGAGACGGAGCCUACAGCCGGCUGCUGAGCGGUGUGGUGUCGCUCAACCGCGGCAUGGACGCCGCCAUCAGCGCCACGCCGCCGCUGGUGAAGGGGCAGCUGGCGCGGGCGGCGGUGGUGGCGGCGCCGCAGGGCCGGGACCUGGCGGACUCGCUGUCCAACAAGUCCCCGUCGCAGGUGGGCAGCAUCUUCAGCGGCCUGGCCUCCGCCGCGGCCGCCAGCGCCGGCAAGCAGCAGCCGCUCAUGGCGGCGCCUCCCUCCGAGGACCUGGUGGAGCAGGUCAACGCCGCCCUGCACGCCGCCUUCGACCGACCCGAUGUGCCGCUGGAGCCGCAGCAGCCCCAGCCCCAGCCGGCAGCAACAGGGGCCGCGGGAGCUGACGGCAGGCAGCUGCAGCAGCAGGACACGGCGGCAGGCGGCAACGGCGGCAGCGGGCUGCGAAGUGUGGACCGGCUGCGGGACCAGCUGGUGGACCAGGCCCGGCUGCUGGUGUGGCACGUGUGGAUGGUGGGACGGCUGCAGCUGACCGCCGCCGCCGAGGUGGCCGCCGUCACACGCGGCAUGUGGAGCUGGCUGCUGCGCUGUGCCGGACACCUGGCGGCGGCGGCGGCGCUGCUGGCGGCUAUGGGCUGGGCGGCGGUGGCGGGCGGCGCGGUGGCGGCGGCGGCGUGGGCGCUGGGCGCGCUUGUGCGGCAGCUGCGGAGCGCGGCGGUGCUGGAGGUCCGCGCCCGCCGCGUGUGGGCACCGCUGGCCCUGCGCGCCGUGGACACGGCCCUGGCGCUGGCGGCGCCGCUCCUGGGCGGCAACGGCCGCCAGCGCCUGCCUACUGCCGGAGUUGCAACCACAGCCGCAGGAGCCGCAGGGGCCCCGCCCGGCACGGCGCAGCCGACGGACGUGAACCAGGGGGGCAAGGCUGUGGAGGAGCAGCAGCAUGGCAAGGAGAGCAACGGUGCCGGUGCCGGCGGCGGCGACAAGGCGGCGGCUGAGCAGCGGGAGCUCGAGGGCAGGCAGGCCGCGGCGCGGGAUGCGACGCCGGCAGCGCAGCCGCAGCCGCCGCAGCAGCGGGAGACCGGCAAGAAGGUCCCCCAGGAACAGGCUAAGGAGCAGGCUAAGGAGCAGCAGGGCGGCGUGGUGAACAAGGCGGUCCACGCCGCACAGGCUGUCGGUGGCGGCGCCGUCAACGCCGCCCGCUCCGCUGCUGACACAGGGCUGGCCGCCGCCGGCAAGGCCGCCUCUGCCACCACCGACGCGGCGGGCGCGGCGGCGGGCGCCGUGGGCGCCGCCGGCGCCAAGUUGGCGGACGCGGCGGCCGAGCCCCUCGCUGCCGGUGUUAAGCAGGUCGCGAAGGGCGUGAUGGACAAGGCGGAGGAGGUCGCGGGCAAGAUGGGCGGCGCCGGCUCCGCCGCCACCCCUGGCUCCGACACCCGCGCUCCUACUGGCCCCAGCAGCCAGGGUCCUGCAGCGGCUGGUGCUGGUGCCGGCCCUACAGCUCCCGGCAGGGAUGCCAGUGGUGGUCGUAGCGGUGCACGCGGCGUCAGUGGCAGUGGUGUCAGUGGCAGUGGCGUCAGCGGUGGCGGCGGCGGCGUCGCGCGGUGGUCUGUGUGGGACACGGUGCGCGGCUGGCAGGACUACGCGCGGGAGACGCUGCUGGCGGUGCGGGCGGCGGUGGCGCGCCUGGUGCCGCAGGACGCGCUGCAGGAGGAGGCGGCGGCCGCCCGCGCCGUGGACGAGGGGCUGGGCCUGGGCCGCCUGGCGGUGGCGGCGGAGGCCGCCUACCGCUCCACGCGGCGGCUGGCGGCGGCCUCGCUGGCGGCGCUGGGCGACAUGGCCGGCAACACCGCCGCGGACCUGGCGCGCAGGUACCGCGUGCCGCUGCCCAAGCUGGCCUGGCUGCACAGCCGCGCCACCCAGCUGGCCAAGGACCAGGCCGUGGCGUCCUUCGCCGCGGUGGCGGGGGCGGGACCCGCGCACCUGGUGGCGAGCGUGGUGGGAGCCGCACCGCCGCCGGGGGCGGCAGGCUCGGCGGGUGGGGGCGCGGGUGGGGGUGGGGGCAAGGAGGAGGUGGGGGCGAGUGGGGGUGGGGGCAAGGAGCGGGUCGGCGGUGCCGAGGAGCCGGCGGAGCAGCAGGGGAAGCAGGAGGGCGGCGCGGGGCCGGAGGCGGCGGGCAGUGGCUGAGCGAGUUGGAGGGCGGGGGAUGGGCUGGGGGUGAGGCCGUGGUGCGUGUUGCUGCAGCCAGGUCAGGUAAAGCUUUAUGUGCUUUGUUGGCGGUUGAGCGACUGUCAUAUGGUACGUUGCAUCAUAGAAAGCUAGACGGUGGCGCGUAGAGGUUUGUAGGGAAGCGGGACAGAGGUAGCUUACCCGGG